GUGUCCAGAAAAAAAAGAUACUACGGAAAUUAAGUCGCAUUCAUUAACGCACGUGCCGAUUUUGUUCCAAAUUCAUGUGCUUAUUAGUGCAAGAUUUGGCAAAACUCAUGAGCACUGUAAUGCGUCGUUGGAAAGUUGUCUGCCUGCCCUCCGAGAUGGUCAACAUGACCAUCAGUCACCUGCAGACUGUGCUAGUGCUGGAGCUGAUCCGCCGUAAGGCCGCUCACAUUGAGUAUCUGCUUUGAGGAGCUGCCGCAACUAACCAAAGAGUUUACAUGCCAUGUGGCACCUGCUGUCUGUUUUGCCAUAUUUUGGCGAAUACAAGCAUGUGCCAUUUUAAAAUGUAAGGUGUUUAUUUUCGGAAUUACAGCAAAAAAAAAUAGUAUCCUUUUUUUCUGGACACCCUGUAUGUAGGGGUCAUACGGUGAAGAUCUAAUUUGCGGUCAGGAUUCGAAAGCCUUUUGAAAAAUUAGCUCAAACAUAACAUUCGCCCCUGAGCAGUGAUGACCAUACCCAAAGUGUCGUAUCCAUCAGAUGUCACUAUUCGGUGGCGGCAGUGUCGGCGUGUUGCAAGCUGACCUCUAGAGAUCGUGACUAGCUGGAGCGGACCGGACCUAUAUAACGGCGGCGGCCGGUCCACACAGCAUCAGUCCAUCCGCAGCCCUCUCACGAAGAGUACAGCCGAACUGAGUGUCCCAGAGAAAACAUGAAGGUACUGGCGAUUGCUCUGUUGGCGGUGGCCGCCGUCUCUGCCGACCGUCCCCUGGGAAGGUCUGGUCCCGGCCAGAGCUACGGAGCUCCCCAGAGGAACGGAGGAGCCUCCCAGAGCUACGGAGCCCCUCAGAGGAACGGAGGAGCCUCCCAGAGCUACGGAGCUCCUCAGGGCAGCGCCUCCCAGAGCUACGGGGCUCCCCAGGGUAGCGCCUCCCAGAGCUACGGGGCUCCUCAGACCAGCUACGGCGCCGGCCAGGAGGAAUUCCCGCCGCAGCCGUACUCGUUCGAGUACGAGGUCAAGGACGACGAGGGUAACGACUACGGCCACAAGGAGGAGUCGGACGGCAGCCGCGUCGAGGGCGUGUACCGCGUGCUGCUGCCCGACACCCGCGUCCAGACCGUCACCUACUACGUGGAGGGCGACUCUGGUUUCGUGGCUGACGUCCAGUACGAGGGCGAGGCGCAGUUCCCCGAGGACAGCCAAAACGGCCAGUACGGCGCCGCCGCCCCCAACAACGGCUACGGCGCCCCGGCCGCUGCUGCCGCCCCCGUCGCGAGCUACAGCCAGCCGGCCGCCCCCAGCGGUGGCUACGGCGCCCCCAACGGUGGCGCCCGCACACCCUCCACCGGAUACGGAUUCUAAAAUGUAUCACUUAAGUCAGUAAGCACGCAAAGUCUGAAUGCGAUCGCGUGAUCAAUGUAUGAGACUGUAUAAAUUUGUGUGGUUGUAAAGGUUUUGUGUUUUGCGCCUGUUAAGUGCCAACUUUAAUUUAUAUAUCUGACGCUUUGUUUAUGCAUCUCUGUCAACAAUAAAAUUUUAAAUGAA